AUGACGUCGAUAUUUGCAGAGUUCAAGCGGGCUCAGUCGGCGGGCUCAGGUGAAGCCCUGGCCGCGACACUGAAACCCGUUGACAUACCCCGUCUGCGGGCGUUCUAUAACACCACCAACAGCGUCAGCGCAGCCUCGGAUAUCAGAUAUGCACUCCUUCAAGACCGAACUACGGGGACCAAGAUGCCCAAGCAGGAAGGGAAUGCAUGGGUCGACAUAUAUGUCGCCUUCUGGCGAGCUGCCGGAGAACUAGUAAAGAUGGAUCAACCCACGCACACCGGCAAGGGGACAUGGACUGCCCUAUUUGCGGCCUGGAAGGACCUUGCCAUUCUGCUAAACACAAACUACUCCAGUUCAAACCUGGAAGCCUGGACUCUGCCCGUUCUAUACGUCGUUGGCAAGUAUCUACGGAUAUUCGCUAUAAAGGCAGACGCGGAGACCGCACAGGACCCCGUCACCACUUUUAAUGACGGAUUCCAAGAUGACAUCGUUGCCGAUGUGAGCAAGAAUGCAAAGCUUGAAGAGACCUCACGGAUAAUCAGCAGAAUGUACACCGUGUGUCUCCAUGAUAGGGCCCCCAUCGAAGAAUCUCGUAAAUGGGGAGUUUAUAACACUAUAAACCUUGCGUUUAAGACGUACUUUAAGUUGGGUUCUAUUGCAUCCUGUAGGAACUUGCUCUCUGCAAUGAAAGCAUCACAGGCCGAACUGCCACCUCUUGAAGCGUUUCCUAAGUCUCACGUCGUUACCUUCAAGUACUAUCUUGGUGUCAUCUCUUUCUUAGAAGAAGGAUACGCAGAGGCCGAAGAACAUCUAACAGCCGCAUGGGAACUUUGCCACGUAGACUCCCAGAAGAACAGAGAACUCAUCCUCACAUAUCUCAUACCCUGCCACAUCGUCACAACAAACACCCUCCCGUCAGCCCGUCUCUUAUCCAAAUUCCCCCGUAUCGACAGACUUUUCCGCCCACUCAGCACAUGUAUCCGCAAAGGAGACCUUGCCGGCUUUGACGCCGCAAUGGCUGCAGGUGAAAACGAAUUUGUCAAACGGCGCAUCUAUCUUCCUCUUGAGCGAGGCCGAGAUAUCGCGGUUCGUAACCUAUUCCGGAAAGUGUUUCUUGUCGGUGGGUUUGAUCCGCCAGUAAACGGCCAACCACCUAUUAGACGGACGAGAGUACCGGUUGCAGAGUUUGCAGCGGCUAUUAGAUUGGGGACGAAUAAUACGGAGGCGAAGGCCAAGGUUGAUCUCGAUGAGGUUGAGUGCUAUCUCUCCAAUAUGAUUUACAAGAACUUCAUGAAAGGCUAUAUUGCCCGUGACCGAGGGAUAGUUGUGCUAAGUAAAGGCGGAACAGCUUUCCCUGGGACUGGCGUCUGA